CCACCACCACCACCACCACACCCUCUCCUCCUUUUAGCAUCUGAAAAGACCACUGAGUGAGAAUCGAUGGCGCAGAGGCCCGCUUGACAGGACAAUAAACCACAAAGAAGGGCCUCCUCACCGGCUACCCGCACUGUGAGACGCAGCGAUGCCCCAGCAGAGGGAGGUCUCGUCUCCGUCCCGCCGCCUCGGCCUGGCAUCCACCCGCCUCCAGACACUGAUGCCCGACCACGACUUCCCAUGAGGCCACCACCAGAACUCAGCUCGACCGCUCUGUAUGGGGCCUCUCACAUAUGAAUUGACAUGGAGGAUGAAGAUGGGACUUGUCUACUUGAUGUUUUGUGUGACCCCCAAGCCCUGAACGACUUCCUUCAUGGGACCAAUGAGCUGCAGACUGAAGACCUGCUCAUUAACUCCUCCUCUGGGGAGCCCUCCCUCUUCACAGAUGCCCCGAGUCCUGUCUCUCUGCUGGGAGAUGACAGGGACUCUCCAGACACGCCUCCGCCUGGAUGUGUGGAUCUAUCCUUCCUGGAAGAGGCCCUCCUGUCAUCUCCAGAGGGUGGAGAAGACCCACAGGUGGUGCAGGGUGAGCCACCUGUGGAGGCAGCUUGUGAGGCAGAGAAGAGAGAAGUGGAGGAAGCGGAGGAAGCGGAGGUGGCAUGUGAUAUCCUCCAGCAGAGCCUACAGGAGGCUGAGAUCACUGAGCAGACCAUGGCUCUGGAAGCAGGUCUGGCACAAUCAGGGGACAGCCUGUCCCUGUACUCACCUGCCCCUCUCCUUUCUCCAUCCACCGCUCCAUUCAUACCCAAAUCUGUGACCUUGCCUGUUACCACAGCAUUGCCCAGGGACACCCAGGCAGCAGUGGAGCCUCCCCAGCCCUCCCUACUGGCUGUCGGGCCUGGAUGUCCUUCUCUAAAACCUGCUGCCCCUCCUCAGCUGAUGGGGCUACUACCUGGAAAUGUGUUUCCUGCUCCUUCUCCAGAGACCUCCUUCUCUCUAAGUCCUGCCCAGGGCUCAAGUAUGAUCAUUCACAAGGCUGUGCCAAGUGUCGCCAGUCGCCCUCUAAUCACUCCAACCCUGAGAGCAACAGCAGCAACAGCAGCAGCACCAAGCAUUGUCCUGCAGCGUGCCCCUCUUCCUAUACAACCCAAGCUACCCAUCAGCAUUCAGCCUAGACUGGUUCAAAUUAGCCCCAAGCCCUCUGGGCAGAAACCCACUCCUGGUCUUACAUUCGUCCCUGGGACUGCCUCGCCAAAUAUUCUACUGUCCCAAGCACCGGGCCAAAAGACUGUCGCUCCGCCACCGCAGCCCACCCAACAGCUCCCCAAACCAGUCAGCCUGCAGCUGGUCAAUCAAGGCGGCUCCUUUGUGCUCCAGCCUCAGGGACUCUUCCAAGGCCAAAACCAGUUCCUUCUUCCGGGCCAGUCUCCUGUUACAAUCUCCCAGCCUGCCAGUGCAGCACGACCACUGCUGACCCCCAGUCACCAAGUCCCAUCAGUUCACAGCAUGACCCCCUCCACUGGGCAGCUUGUAGAUGGCUCACAGAUCCUAACUGUGCCCCAAAGACAGCUGAAUUUCAGUCCUGUGUUCACCACUCCUACUGGGCAGCUAGCGCUCCGCCAGGCCACUGUGCUUUCAGGACCUUUGCAGCUACAGUCAGCACCUGCUACUGUCUUCCAGAUGCCAGCACAGCUGGCUGGAACCUAUGCUCCAGGAGGGCAGGGGCAACGUGCCACCCUGGUCCACAGUCCUGCUCUUGGAAACCACAUUACCUUGAUCAACAGUUCAGGGGUGCUUCCCCCAGAUCUUACUUCUAUCUCAAUCGUUAAUGGCCCCUCAAUGGUUCAGGGGAUGCCUUUUGCUACCCAGGGUCCAUCUCCUCAGAGAGGAGUGACAGAAGGACAGCUGAACCUCCAGCAGGCCUCUGUGGUCCUGCUGCCAGAGAGAACUGUUCAAGAAGAGAGGACCACCUCUGAGGAGACUUUUCACCAGCUACCACAGCCCUAUGGACACACUCUCCAGCACGUCUCUGUACAGCCCACCACUUCUGCAGGGCUGCAGUCCUCAUCUCCUCCUGUAGUUACAGUUCUACAGCCACCUCCUGAACCACCUUUGGCCCCAGACCCAGCAGAGAUACCCAAACUCUUGUUGCCCCCAUCAGACAUGACCCAAGUAGUGGAAGAGGUGACCCACUCGAUGAGUCAGAACCAGGCCUUUAUGCAACAUCUGCAACAGCAAGCACUUAGUCCCCCGAUCUCUUCUGAUUUGUUGGUUGGAGCACUGCCGGUGGUGCCAAUGGAGUCGCUCACUUCACCAGUCACCAGUGAUAGAGAGACCCAACCUCAGACCCAUGCAGUCUCUGGUCAGGACACCCACACAACGAUGUCAGACCAAUGCGUUGAGGUUUCUCCACUUCAUUCGGACCCUGAGGAGACAACGCUGAUCUGCUCCCCCCCUGGGAUUCAGGACACUGGAAGACCAGCACCGGCAACCUUCUCCCCUCCAUCUGGGCCUCAGAUUGCUCUGCCAGGACCUGAGAAUUCAGUCCCCCAGACUACAGCUUCCCAGCGGCUCAUCGAACCUCUGGUCCAGUAUCAAGUCUCUCAUCAGCUACAGGUCUCACAGGCCUUGUUUGCCCACAACCAGGUGCAGAUCCAUUCAGCUGUUCCCAAGCCUCUGUCCCAGGCUCAGGCCUCAGUUUCACGGACCCAGGCCCAAGUCUCAAUUUCCCAGCCCCAGGUCCAGGCCCAACUAUCUGUUUCCCAGCCUCAGUCCUCAAUCCAUACUUCAGUCCACAGCAGCCUAUCCCCUCUGCGUGUCAGUGUCUCGGUGCCUCAGCAGCAGCAUAAUCCCACAGCUGCAUCCGCAGUUCUCUCCAAAGCAGGAGACGACUCCGCUGUCCAACAGCACACACAAAACAAGCCAACAGCUGCCUUGGCCGUGGAGAGUAAGGCAUUUACUCUCGAUGUCCAUCCACCCUCUCCUGCAGCCCAGGGGGUCCAGGGGCCCCCUGCUCCCGUGGAGUGUACCCCCAUCCAGACGAGUCAGCAAACCAGCACCAAGCUGGCAGGUCCUCUGGAGCUGCAGAGAGAGGAGAGGCUCACACCAGCAAUGCGCAGGCACAGGUUCCAGCAGCAGCUUUGUUUGGACCAUGGAGCAGUGCAGGCCCCAUUCACUGGCCCAGCCUUCUCCACACUGAAGGAUGCUAUUAGACGCCUGCUGCCAUACCACACCUGCACUGGUCACCUGCCCACUCAGGAUGACUUCAAUUUAGUGGACCAGGAGUUUGACACUGUGUCCGGUUUCCUGCUGAAACGCACCAAGGACAUGGUCAACAAAUACAGGCAGCUAUUGGUUAGAGAAGCCCAGCAGGAGAGUCCCUCGGCAGAGAUGGUGAUGCUAGAACGUCUCUUCCUCCAGGCCGAGCGAUACGCUCUAGCGGAGGACAGACGGCGAGCCCGCAGAGACCCAGAGUCCUUUAUGAAGGCCUUGGCUACGUCAGCGUCUUCCCCUAAUGGUGCCCACUCCUCUGGCAGCCCCUCUUCUCCCCCAGCCUGGACCCAACUGUCUGACAGGCCUCCGGGACUGAAGACCUACCGCUCCAGCUCACGGGGGGCUCUCAGACUCACCAUCAAGCAGGAGUCGGGCUCUCGUAAGGUGAUUCACAACUCGGCCUAUGAUCCCGGACUCAAAAGGGACCACACAGGGCAGCUGACCAACGGUGGCGGAGCUGUGAACGAACGCCACACUCAGGCACCCAACGGAGAACCCCAGCAUCCUCAGCAUGACGAGGAGAUGACCAACGGAGCUCUGCCUGGUAACACUGCUGAGCAAGUUCCAAAGACAGCACCCACUUCCGUAAAAAAAGUCCUAAAUCCUCUUUCUAUGCCAGAGCCACAGGACGUCUGCUUUGAGUUGCCUCCCAGAGAUGUCAGCGCCCCAAAACUGAAAUGUUACAGGUUGGAUGCAUCACCUCAGCUUGAGCAGCGGUUCAGCCCGCCACCUCCGCCGCUCCAAGAGGAUAACAUGCUCAGUGAACAUCUACAGAGUGCCAUCGACAGCAUACUGGAGCUUCAGCGCCUGCAGGGCCCCUCUGCAGCCCCAACCAGGGCCACGUCAGGCCCUUCAUUGGACCAGGCUGUCACCAGCAUCCUGGAGGGACACCUGUGAGGUAAUCUGCCUUGACAGACACCAACACAGAUCCUAAAACAUCUGUCUGAGGUGGAGUAAAGCAAAGGAAGGUGGAUGAGACUUCUUAUCUGUUCCCAGAAGGGGUUCAGAUUUUACUUUUAGAGAACUGAUUGUUGGAAAGAAAAGAGAGGAAAAAAGUUAAGAGGCACUAUAAAGAGAUGCAUACCAGACAACAGCACUAUCUAUAGUCCGAUAGAUGUUAGAUACUUCAUUUUGAUGUACGUUUGUGGAAAAAAAAAUCUAUUUGAAUAGGAGCUAUAUUGUUUCAGUGGUAGUUGAGUCAUUCAGAGGUUUACGACACUGGUGUAACCUUCAUCAGCAUAUAGUAUAUAAGUAAUAGUGAGGAUAACGAAAACGUGGAGUAGACUGAGAUUAUUCAAUAGUUUUUAUAAGAUUUCUUUCAAAAAUGUGAAGUUUUCUUUUGCAUAGUGCCAAGCUUCCAGGGUAUUUAUUUUGAUAAUCUGUGCCAAUUGUUUUUUGCGCAGCAAAGGUGUGUGUGUGUGUGUGUGUGUGUGUGUGUGUGUGUUUUCCUUUGCAUUGGUUUGUGUGGAUCUGAAAAGUGUAUGUGUGAGAGAGUGUGUGUGAGCGAGAGAGAGAGAGAAAACAUUGCAUCCUGCUAUGGGACAGUACACAAAAAAAAAAAAAAAAUCCCGCAGGCUCCAUCAUCUCGGCUUAAUGAAUGAAACUCCAAAGAAUUUGUGCUACAUCCUGAAUACACCAGCAAACGUCCGUGUUGUGUCUCUUCCCACAG